AUGCAACCAUCAAGGUGCUGUAGAAGAAGGGUGACCGGUUCAACUGUAACAACUACGGGUAGGAUUUCGCUACUAUCUCACGUAGGCAAGGUCCACAUCAAGAUCAUCACCAACCGUCCAAGCGCCUUCUGCGAAGCCAACAACAUCCUCCCGGAGGAACAGUGCGGAUUUCGACCCGGGCGAUCCACCGUCGACAUGCUGUUCGUCGUGCGCCGCCUCCAGGAGCUGGGGUGGAGAAAGAAACUACCGCGCUACAUGUGCUUCGUCGACUUGAACAAGGCGAAUGAUUCGGUGGACCGAGAGAUGCUAUGGAAGGUGCUGGCCAGGGCCGCGAUUCCCGCGAAGCUGAUCGAAGUCAUCCGCCAUUUCCACGAUGGAAUGCGGGCCCGGGUGCGCAUGGACGAAGGAGAACUAUCGGACUGGUUCUUCGUGACACAGGGCGUGCGACAAGGAUGUGUGCUAUCCCCACAGCUGUUCAACAUCUUGUUCGCCGAGGUCCUUGAGGUCGUUGUCAUCCGAUUCAGCGAGGAUGAUGUNAGGGAUGUUGUAUGCCGACGAUGCUGGCGUCGAAUCGAGGUCUGCAGAAGGACUGACGAGAAUGAUGACCAUCAUCGUUGAGGUGUUCGGGGUGUUCGGGCUAACGGUGUCGGAGAAGAAGACGGAGACGCUCCUGAUGCGCGCAAAGGACAAGCCGACUACAACAUCACAGCCCGCCCCGCCUCGACCACUGACAAUCGAAGCCGCGGGACAGAAAUACGCCCAGACAACCAAGUUCCGGUACCUCGGUGGCCUCGUCAACGAACAUGGCGACCUCACCCGGGAGAUCAACUACAGGAGCAGAGGAGCGCGGGCGUACCUCAGGCGAUAUGAGCGGGAGCUCUUCGACAGACCGCAAGCGCCAUUCCGACUCCAGAUCCGCCUGCUCCAGGCGGAGGCGAUGGAGGCACUGCUGUACGGCUGCAUGACAUGGUCACCACUC